AUGAGUCGCGGGGAAAGUCGCAAGAACGAGGAAAAUCAAAGUCAACUCGAAUGCCAGAUUGCAAAUACUGUGGUACACAAUAUGCUUUCCGCAAAGAAGUAUGCCCAGCGUACGGAAAAAUAUGUUCAUCUUGUGGCAAGGGUAAUCAUUUUGCAAGAGUUUGCCAAUCAUCUAGAAGAGUUCAUGCAGCUAAUAUUGCCAGUAAUCCUGACUCAAGCGACGACGAUAUUUUUUAUAGGAACAAUUAAAAUGCAACAACAAACAGCAAUUGUACACGCCGUGGGCGUUGAUGAAUGGAUUUCAGAACUGGAAAUCAAUGGACAAGCAGUCAAAGUCAAAUUAGACACAGGAGCAAAAUGCAACGUAAUACCAAAAUCGAUAUUCAAUCAGAUACGAUCCAACGACACAUUGCAGAAAUCAAACACAAAAAUAGUAUCAUAUGGAGGGCACAAGAUGGAUGUAUGUGGUCACACAACACUCUUGUGUGAAUACAAAGAAAAGAUGUACGUUUUGCGAUUUUAUGUCAUUGAUAGUGAUGAAUGCCCCAUACUUGGAUUGAAAGCAUGUCAAGAAUUGAAUCUCAUCCAACGAGUGAAUGAAAUGAAACUAACCACAACUGAAUCCAUAAUGCAAGAGUAUGCAGAUGUGUUUGAUAAUAAGACACUUGGAUGCCUGCCAGUACAGCAUACAAUCAACCUUAAAGAGGACGCUAAACCAGUAAUCCAUGCACCGAGGAAAAUUCCUGUCGCUAUACGCAGUAUAGAUGUCGCUAUAUGCAACAUCUAG